AUGGCCGAAGAAUCGAAACCCGUCGACCCCAAGCUCGCCGAAGCCGACGAGGCCCCCAAGGACAAGGGCAAGGGCAAGGCGCCUGCUGUUGAGUCCGACGAUGAGGCAGAGGCAGAGGCAGAGGCAGACGACCCCGCCGCAGACCCCGCCGCGGCGUCCACGGGCGCCAAGAAGAAGAAGUCCAAGAAGAAGAAGCUCAAGGAGGCUCUGACCGGCAAGUCGUCGCAGACCGACCAAGAGGCCAAGCUGCACAAGGCCAUCGACGGCCUCACCCCCGACCAGGUCUCCCAGCUGCUCGAACUCAACCCGGCCCUGGCAGGCGAGCUCGCAAAGGCCACCGGCAGCGACGACCUCAGCUCGGCCACCGACGCCCUCAAGCGCAUCAAGCUGCAGGAGAUCAUGACCGGCCUGGCAGCCAGUGGCAAGAACGUCAAGGACAUGGGCAGCUACAAGUUCUGGUCCACGCAGCCCGUGCCCAACUUUGGCGAGGAGCAGAAGUUCGAGGACGGCCCGAUCAAGAUCCAGAAAGUCGAGGACGUGCCCAAGGAACCUUCACCACUAGUCGCCGGCUUCGAGUGGUGCACUGUGGACAUUUCCAGCCCCAAGGAGAACGAGGAGGUCCGUGAACUGCUGCAGGGGCACUACGUCGAGGACGAUGAGGCCUUGUUCCGCUUCAACUACUCUUACAGCUUACUGCAAUGGGCAAUGAUGCCUCCGGGCUGGAAGAAGCAGUGGCACGUCGGCGUGCGGGCUACCCAAUCGAAGAAGCUAGUGGCCUUCAUUUCAGCCGUACCCGUCGAGAUCCGCCUACGCAAGAACAUCUUGCACGCCUCCGAGGUCAACUUCCUGUGCAUCCACAAGAAGCUUCGGUCCAAGCGGCUGGCACCCGUCCUCAUCAAGGAGGUCACCCGGCGAUGCAACUUGGAGUCGGUUUGGCAGGCUAUCUACACUGGAGGCAUUGUGCUACCCACCCCGGUGAGCACAUGUCGGUACUACCACCGUGCCAUCGACUGGCAGAAGCUGUACGAGACCGGAUUCAGCCCGCUGCCUGCUGGUUCCAAGCCUCAGUACCAAGUCCGCAAGUAUCACGUGCCUGAGAAGACCUCGUUGAAGGGCUUGCGGGAGAUGCAGGAGAGCGACGUCGACGCCGUCCACGACUUGCUGAUAAGGUAUCUGUCCAGAUACGAGAUUGCCCCUGACUGGAACAAGGAGGAUAUCCGCCACUGGCUCUUGCACAAGAAGGCCAAGGAUCAGCUCGAGGAGCAGAUCGUGUGGUCGUACGUCGUCGAGGAUGAGAACAAGAAGAUCACCGACUUCUUCUCCUUCUACUGCCUGGAAUCGUCCGUCCUGCGCGAGUCGAAGCACAAGGUCGUCCGUGCGGGCUACGUCUUCUACUACGCCACCGAGGUUGGCCUGGGAGAUUCAGUGGACAAGAGCGCGCUAAAGACCCGUCUCACCGACAUGAUGAAGGACGCGCUGGUGCUGUGCAAAAAGAACAAGUUUGACGUCUUCAACGCCCUAUCUCUGAUGGACAACGGCCUCUUUCUGGAUGAGCUCAAGUUCGGUGCCGGAGACGGCCAGCUGCACUAUUACCUGUUCAACUACCGUGCCAACCCCAUAGCUGGAGGCGUUGACAAGAAGAACCGGCUGGACGAGGCGCUCAGUGGAGUUGGUUUCGUCAUGCUCUAG